CUUUGUUUUUACUACAUUAUUUCCUUCAAAUCUCUCCUCUCAAAAACACAGCAUCAAUAAUCAUAAUUUUUUUUAACAGAUACUAGAAAAUGGCCGAUGGAGAAGAUAUCCAGCCUCUUGUUUGUGACAAUGGAACCGGAAUGGUCAAGGCUGGAUUUGCUGGAGAUGAUGCCCCAAGAGCAGUUUUUCCUAGCAUAGUUGGACGCCCACGUCACACUGGAGUGAUGGUUGGUAUGGGGCAAAAGGAUGCAUACGUUGGUGACGAGGCUCAGUCUAAACGUGGUAUUCUAACUUUGAAAUACCCAAUAGAGCACGGGAUUGUGAAUAACUGGGAUGACAUGGAAAAGAUAUGGCAUCAUACAUUCUACAAUGAACUCCGUGUGGCUCCAGAAGAGCACCCGGUUCUCCUUACAGAAGCCCCUCUUAACCCCAAAGCUAAUAGGGAGAAGAUGACGCAAAUCAUGUUUGAGACGUUUAAUUCUCCUGCUAUGUAUGUUGCAAUUCAGGCCGUUCUGUCUUUGUAUGCUAGUGGCCGUACAACUGGUAUUGUUCUCGACUCUGGAGAUGGUGUGAGCCAUACAGUUCCCAUUUACGAAGGUUAUGCACUCCCACAUGCCAUCCUGCGUUUGGAUCUUGCUGGUCGUGACCUUACUGAUGCCUUGAUGAAAAUUCUUACUGAGAGAGGCUAUUCGUUCACCACAACUGCUGAACGAGAAAUUGUGAGAGACAUGAAAGAGAAGUUGGCAUAUAUUGCACUUGAUUUUGAGCAGGAACUAGAGACUUCCAAAACUAGCUCUUCGGUUGAAAAGAGCUUUGAGUUGCCUGAUGGGCAGGUGAUAACUAUUGGAGCAGAGAGGUUCAGGUGUCCAGAAGUACUUUUCCAGCCAUCGAUGAUCGGAAUGGAAGCUGCUGGCAUUCAUGAGACAACUUAUAAUUCCAUAAUGAAAUGUGAUGUGGACAUCAGGAAGGACUUAUAUGGAAACAUUGUACUCAGUGGUGGUACUACUAUGUUCCCGGGUAUAGCUGACAGAAUGAGCAAGGAAAUUACUGCAUUGGCACCGAGCAGCAUGAAGAUUAAGGUCGUAGCGCCACCAGAAAGGAAGUAUAGUGUGUGGAUUGGAGGAUCCAUUUUGGCAUCUCUCAGCACCUUCCAGCAGAUGUGGAUCGCUAAGGCUGAAUACGAUGAAUCUGGGCCAUCCAUUGUCCACAGGAAAUGUUUCUAAUUGCAACAAACAUGAAAAAUAGUUACUCUUUAACUACGCCAUUUGGAAAUCGGAAGUUCUGUUUUAAGCAUCUCUAUGCCUGUAAGCUUUUGAUCCAGAAUACGAGCUUCAGCAGGCAGUUUAUCCUACAAAUUUUCCAGUUUUUUAUUUUUACAAUUGACUUCAACUAUCUACUUAGCUUUUCCAAGCAUAAAUUGCAACCAAUAUAUGCCACUUCUUUCAUUUUUUUUUCU